AUGAGGGUCGUUCGAGAAUUUGUUCUGGUACUCCUCACAGCUGCCGUUUUUGCUGAACAAGAGACUUUUCGAGGGUAAGUAACAUUUUAAACUAUUUUAUAAUCACGAUACUAGCAGAUUGCGGGAUUUCUAUCAAUUCCGAACCUAUUUUUACCCCCCUUGAAGUUCUUUCGAGUUCACUAGCCGCUUUAUUACAAUUUAGAGCGCAAAAAAUGUCGUCUUUAUUCGUUCAUUGCCUCGAUUGUUAUUGUUGAUGUUGUUGUUUUUUUUACUCAGAGAUGUAAUUUAAGUAAAUGAUGAUAAACCUAAAUUCUUGGUCAUUUUUUGCAUCUUUAAGAUGAUAAAAUGGUGUGCCCGACAUUUUAGCUUAGAGCCUGGCACGUGGAAAGGAAAAUCUAAUGCUUGCUACACCAAGUUUUCUUAUCUAUUUGCGAUUAUGUUCUGAUAAUUUCAGCUGCUUUGGAAAAUGGACAUAAAUUAUACCUUAAAUCUUAGUGGUAAGACGGAAAAUAUUGACAGUUAAAUCUUCGCCAGCUAAAGAAGGUCUUGACGUUUAUUUAAAAACUUACUGAUGCAUUUUCUUAGCGUGAAAAAAUUGAUUCCACUCUGGAGUCAUCACGUACAUUUGAAAUCAAUCAUUUUAGUGCUUUUCCGGUCAGAGAACAUGCAGACAGAUCGUUCGUAAUUCCUGGUGAGACCUAAGACAUUCUAUCGACAAAUUAGUUGGCUAAGAAAUUUUUACAGUUAGAAAUAUAGAUGCAAAUCAUUGCAAAAUUAUUAAAUUUAAAUUAAAUUAUUGAAAAAAAAGAAGGAAAAGAAAAAUAGCAGAGCAAAAAAAAUUGACAGAGGUUGUUUUCGAUUUCGAUCUGCUGUGUAGUGUACUGCUGGUUUUGGUCUGCAUACCAUUCUAAGCAAGAGCCAAAAGUGAUCACAAAUCAAGAAUACUCUUGUUUAAAGAGUUAACGUCUUAAAUCUGCUGCAGAAUUUCUUGUCAGGCACAGAGAGGAAAAUAUGUUGCAGUUAAAUAAGAUUAGAAGACAAAAUACUCUUUCGCUGUUACCAUGCAUCUGUAAAGCUAAGUCAACAUUCGUGAGGGUAAACAGUUAUAUCGCAUUCUUAUUAGUAUGCAAAGUGACUGGGAUUGAACAAUUAAAAACUAAAACUUUUUGGAUGCGAUCAGUGGAAAAAGAAAAUAUUUCAAAAGAGAAGAAGAAAUAUGUGCUUUUUUAGCCAGCUAAUUAAUCAGGCGUUCACAUUCAUAGUCCGCGUUUUAGCAUGCAUACCUAUUUUUAGAAGGCCUAAUUUUUUUUGGUUUUGUUCGUUGUUUCAUUUUAUUCUGUUCGAUUUUUUGUGAUAUUCUUACGUUUUCCCGAGCUUUUUCCCCUUCUCGGGCCCCCUUUACAAUCUCUCCCUCCCCCCCUCCCCUUAACACUUGAGUGAAGUUUGGACAGCGGUAGACUAACAAGUUUAUAUGCGUUUACAAACGGGUCCGAAUGAACAGGGCCUUUUUUUCUGAUAUUUCUGCUUUCAUUUAACAGGCAUAAACUGUACACUGCAUAUCCUAAGAGCCAAGCAGAUGUGAAUUUUUUGGAUAAUCUCCUCAAGGAAGGAGUUGAUGGCGUAAGUGUAUAUUAAAUAAUGUUGUGCAUAUAUAUUUUCCGCUGUGUACACCAAUCAAUUGCUAAGAGUAGAGGUGAAUACAAACGAAUAUUAUUGAACGGUGAAUAAUUGUUCGAGUAUAUACAAUAUAAAACCCGAAUGAGUCAACUAGUUUUAAGCAAGCAGACUAAAAAUCUGUUAAUAUAUGGGCAAAAUAACUCGCGAUUCAGAAACUCAAAUGAUCGAUAAACUCAUUUAAGUGUUAGCAAAACUCUUGACUAGUCACUUCUACUUAAACGGCAAUGCUAGAGAAUACAAGCUCCUUAUUUUAGGCAGAUUUAGCAACAACGCAAGACACAUGAGAACGCGGAAGCGCGCGGAAAGGCGGAACGGACGCGACUUCCGGUACUUAAUCUGCCUCUCUGCUAUUGGUCGCGGUUUUGAGAUCUGGACGCCCCAUCGUAGCCUCUUGCCAACGACCACGGCGACGUCUUUGAAAGUGCCGUAAUUAUCAAAAGUCAAUCGCGUUCUUUGAAACAUCAUUUAUCACGAUUAUCGGAACUCGUGCAACUUGUCAAAUAUAGUCCAACUCUUCGGAAGACUAUAGAUCGUUGUUGUUUUUUUUUUUCUGUAAGAUCGUCGAGAUCAAGCGCUAACUGUACUACGUGGCCAUCUUGGUUACAUACUGUACAUUUGAAACCAAGGUGGCCACAAACGGUAAGGGUAAGCUUUCGAUAAAGACUGACCUUAAAACCUUGUCCAAGUUCAAAAAGAGAAACGCAUAUCUAUUAUCCUGUUUUCACGUCGACCCUCAACAAAAUGAGACAUGAGUUAUUUUUUAAUACAACUUUUUCCUUUUCUUAAUACAAAAAAGCUGAUUUUCUAAAAUUCAGAUGAGGAUAACUCCUAUGAACAAGUUCGUUGCGUUUAAUUGUUUCAAAUCUUUCUUUCUUAGAUUGAUUUUUGGACCUACCCAGUCCCUUCACUCGACCAGGUGGAAAUCCACGUGGAACCGGCGUCCGUGCAGAAACUUGAAAAUCGUUUAAGUGGUGCUGGUAUACAUUACAAGAUGAAAGCAGGUGACAUGAGAGUACUUCUUGAUGCGGAAAAAGCGUCAUCAAGGGCUGGAGGCUUCGAUUCCAAAUAUCAUCGCCUUGGAGAGGUAUAAAACGUUCAGUUUAACGUGAGGUCCCAUUUCUUUGGCGUUUGUAUUACAGAUGAACUUAUUAAAAAGUUUUAACGAAGAACAAAGUGAUUGAAGUUAUUGUCGCCUAUUCACCUUCAGUGCUGUAACUGAACAGGCAAAAAAACAUGGCUAAAACGCUUGGAGAGAAUGCAAAUCGGGAUUAAAAAUAUAUCUCUCGUUUAAUCAGAAACAAGUAAUUUUGCAGAGUGCACUUCGAGAAAAGUUGGUGUAUGUGUAUUUCACACAUAGUCCUUUUUUGCUAAUAUAGAUUCACUCGGAAAUACGGAGCCUGGCCUCACAGCAUUCCGAUGUUGCGUCAAUCUUUACUUUGGGAAGGUCGUACGAAGGUCGUGAACAACUGGCAAUCAAGGUUUGUGAAAUAUGAAUUUAAAAAGCGAAGAAUGAAAGGUUGUACGUUGUUACCAGGGUUGUCUUCCUGGAGGCGGGGCGGGAGCAAAGUGCAGUUGAAAUAACUGCAUUCAAACCCCGCUUUUUUGUGUCAUAGUACCUACUUGGGAUAGCUUAUUCCGCCCUUCCUCUUCCCCCCCCCCCCUCCCAUUCCUCCUCCUUCCUAACCUUAUCACAACACCAUCCGUAAUUUAAUCGCAUUAGCCUUAGUAAAAGUAGAGGGUAUUUUCAGCGACGACAAAAGUGAUUUUGACUAGAACCCCUUCUUGUUCUCACGCUUGUGUAUAGAUAGCUGGUUGAGCAUGAUUCAACAAUGAUACAGAAUGUGAAAUUAAAGAGAAAUAAACAAUAAUUUUUAAUGCAAGUAUUAACCCUUGCCUGUAAUUCUUUCUACGUCAACGAGAUAUAAGUGAACAUCCUACGAGCUUGCAAUUCAAGUGGACACUACAUAGACUACUUACUAACUUCGGAGAAUUGAGAAUACGCGCAUGCUUAGUGACACUUAUUACCAGGCCUCUUUUCUUUUCUAGAUCAAGUCUGGAAGCGUUACCAAGCCCCUAUUCUUUUUUAAUUGCGGAAUUCAUGCUAGAGAGUGGAUAAGCCCUGCUACCUGCAUGUACAUGAUAAGGCAGAUACUGGCAACGAGACGCACCAACAGUGAUGUGAGGUUCAUGUUGGACAAAUACGAAUGGGUCAUUCUGCCUGUUUUCAACGUUGAUGGAUACGAGUACACUCAUACAAAUGUAAGCUUCCUACGAAUAUAGUCCAAACCUCUUAAUGAGAAAAUUGUAUCUAUCUAAGAAACCACGGUGUCCUCUUUAUAAUGUAAAUUUGGCCUGACCUUUAAGCGCUUAACCUUAUGGGCCAUUAGACUGUUCACAGUGCCCUAUAUUUUCGUGAGAUCGUCAAGAUCGCGUACCGGUACAGGCGGCCAUCUUGGUUCCAUAUAUACCGAGGGGGCAGGCGUCGGGGCUUAUAGCUGUAGGGGAAGGGAGGCGAGAAAAUAAUGUUUAUUUUUCUCGUCUCCUCCCAAACCCAGUUAAAGUCGUCAGGAACUCUUUAUGUCUCGGCUUUUCCAUUUUUUUCUUUGUUAACAGCUUGUCCUAACUAUUUUCGAGGCUUUUCACCUGCUUCGUCCCAAAUAAUCUCGCUAACAUUUUCAAAACCGUGCACCAUUUUGAACUAAACAACAACAACAACAAAAAACAAGUUUCCCGUGACGUCAUCCAUGUGUCUACUCUCCAAUCAUAGCACGUGUAUUAUUCAUCACAUUGUAUAAAGAUAAUUGGAUGACAAUGUUCCAUCGUGUAUACGCUUGUAGACCAUAGAAUUGGCGUAAAAAACGUCGCACUGAGCCUCUCAGUGAGCGUGAAGUGAAGGAACUACCAUGAACAAACACGUGGCUUAGGUCUAAGAGAGAUACCCUCGAGACACUUAAGUCAGCCCCGCCUACAGUUUCUAAAUAGGCAUGCAUGUCUCCAGUUUUAAAUAAUUUACUUUGACUCAUUUCAGAAUCGUAUGUGGAGAAAGACAAGAAGACCAUACAGUGGAUCGUAUGGCGCCGAUCCUAACAGAAAUUUUAACUACCACUUUGCAGGUGAGCACUUGGGAAGAUCAGUUUGAUCACCGAUAUUGCCUUGUGAGAUAAGACUAGGGGUGGCGAAUGGUACCUCGUAAAACGUGGGUCUCGGAAAAUUUUGUCAGGAUCUCGAAGUCUCGGAAGCGUUAAUGAUAAGUCUCAAAGUUUCGUUUUUUCAUGGUUUGUUUUUACUUUUUUGAGUCUCGAAACUUUUUACCAAAGAGUCUCGGGCUCGGAUUUCUAACAAGGAUCUCGGCGUCUCGGCGAGUCUCGGAUUUUACCAUUCGCCACCCCUAAGACUGUAUUCCAUCGAGCAAACAAUCAAGGCCAAAUGAUUUUUUUUUUUUUUUUAAAAACUACCUUUAAGACGGUUGGUUGAAAAAAAAAAAAAAAAAAAACAGAGAAUAUUUAGUGAGUGAGUAAGUGAGUGAAUGAGUCUGCGAGCGAGUGAGUGGAUGAGCCGUAUGCGAGCGAGUGGGUGGAUUGAUGUGUGGGUGGAAAAAGGUGAGGGAGUGAGUAAGCGAGCGAGCAAGUGAAUGGAUUUCCUGCAGCCGCGGGCCAGAUUUGUGGCAGAAACUUACUGGUUUUCAAAACCUGUUUAGUUUAAGAUGAAAUGCGCGUGCCCUGUUGAGCGACUGCACGCUGGACAUUUCUGAGACCACAGUUGUUAUCGUGCAAGCCGGUCUUGUAAGUUAUGUCGCACUUGACUAAAAGGUUUUUGGUUGUUAGGGAAACGCCAGUUCCUGCGCGCCUGAUAGAAAACGUAUCGGGGGCAGGCAGAGGUCUGUUCUUUCCUCUCCUUCUUCUCUUGCCGUAAGUGACCUCGCGGGAGGGCUGGUGGAAUGAAUGAAUGGUAAAUGAACUUUCGGGAUUUCUGGAUUAAAAAGGGUUGCUAGAACUUAAGCUAAUGGAUAAUUGAUACAUAUUCUCGCGUAGGAGUGGGAACUUCGCAGAGCCCUGGCAGUGAUAUAUACACUGGACCCCGUCCAUUUUCCGAGACAGUUACCCAUAACGUGGCUAAGUACCUAUACCGUCGCAGGCACGAACUGAAGGGAUACAUUGAUUUUCAUGCAUACAGUCAGUUGUGGAUGAGUCCUUGGGGCUACACGAAUGCAUAUCCUCCGAAAUAUGACAAAAUGGUACGUUAGCAGUUCUCAUGACCAAAAUAUAUUACAAAAAUGAAAACUUAAGUCACCUUAAAUUAUAAAAGUGAUCUACUGACAAUUGACUUGACUCGACUCCUCUUAUCCCUUAGUGCAUAUCACAGAACCACAGGAAGGGCAAACGAAAAGUCUUUGAACCUAGAAAACAAUCGAACCCCUAGACUGGUUCAGUGACGGAAAUAGACAAAACUGCUCCAUUCUAUAUACCCUUACAGACAAUAGAUUAAAUUGUCAUGAGAAUGUCAAGGAAAAAAAGAAUGCACGUGAGACCACUGUCCUUUGAGUUUUAACAUUUAGAAGUCAUUUAUGUGGUUUAUAAUUAGUUUUGACAAUGGGAAAUUGCUGUAGAUUUGUUGUAAUGUUGAAAAACCGAGCAGGAGUGUGUUAUCAGGUUUAAAAACUCUCCGUUUCGCCACGAGUUUUUAAACUGAACUGACAAUAAACCACGGAAUUUUUUGAACGGCUUCAAAAUCUCUGAUACAAAUCAACUCAUUCUUGCACUAACAGUUAGAUUUGAAGCCUAUUUUGGUCUAAAAAUUGGACGUAAAGUUUAGCCGUGUCUUCAAAGAUACUCGUAAAACAUAACUUUCAUUUUGUUGUUUUAUUUGAAUGGAAAUGAAAACAUGGAAAGUCAUUACAUUAUUAUCUUGCCAUAUUUCAUUUGACUAUACCCUUUUUUUUAUCUUGUUGAUUAGAAAAAGGCUAUGCAAGCUGCAGUUAAAGCUUUGACUGCUGUGCAUGGCACAUCCUAUAAAUAUGGACCGGCUGCCAUUACAAUCUGUAAGUAUCAUUCAUAGUUGAGGGACGAAAUCGUUAUAUUCCCCGAGGGAGUAUAACGUGUGCUGACAGAAUUUAUAAAAUUAUGAAUCCCCGAAAAUAGUUUUCAAAACUCAUUUAUAUUCCGCAGACGUAUCGUUCAAUGGACUUCACGUAUUAAAUCACGUUUAAGUACCGUUAUACACUGUAAAACUCAACAAACUGAAAAGUCAGGGAAGGGCGAUUUUAGUCUCAGUGGAAAUACGAGGUUGAAUGAAUGUAUGAAACGAAUGGAAUGCUGAUUAGGAUGGAGAAUUUUCAUAACUGAAGAUCAUUACCAAAAAAAUAAUUAUAGUAAUACGGUCAUCCUAAUUUGGUUACCACAGUUAAACCUCACCACAACGGUCGCCUUAGGGACAGAGAAAGUGGUCGUUGCAGAGAGGUUUCAACAAUAGGCAAUGUAUGGACUGUCCGCCAUAAAAAAAAAAAAUGGCCUUUGUAGAGACGUGGCCGCCGUUGCGGAGAGGUGGCCGUUAAUAGAUGUUCCACUUUACGUGAACUUAAAUACACUUUGUUAAGGUGGGGAAAGAUGGUAACGGACCACGUAACUAGCGGCGAUUUAACGGACGGUUUUUUGCGUUGGCCGAAUGAAAACAAAGAAGCUGACCUUGCUCGUUUCGCCCAUGUAUAGUAAAGGAAUCCAAGACAGUAUGGAUUCUAGAUUCCAGGUACUAGAUCCUGGAGUCCUGGACAAUGGAAAUUGGAUUCCGGGUUUCAAUUGUCUGCGGGAUUCCGUAUUCCUUGAGCUGAAUUGCAGACUCCAAUGCCCAGGAUUCCGGAUUCCACCUGCACUGAAAAAUUUCGUGGAUUCUGGAAAAUCCGGAUUACCUUAGAUCCUUUAAUCUACCGCCUAUCACUCCGACAAAUUGCUUGGGGGAGUGAAUGACACCUUGACUGUUUUUUGAAAAUUUUAAAAGAACAACGUUCAGUAAAGAUGUCUUAGGGACCGGUCAUUAUUUAUCGCCGGGGGCGGGGGAAGAGGAUUUGGGAAUAAACAAGGUGAAAUUUAGCCGAUCCCCCCUUUGAAUGUGACUUCACGGAAGUGAUCCUCCCUCCUAAUAACAUUUAACGACUCUCUUCAUUUUCCAAGCAAAUUUGAGUGGUCCCCCCCUCUGAAUCCUUCCAAAGUUUUCAGUGAUCCCCCUCUUCUGCUGGGUUCUCAGUUACGACUGAUCCUCCCUUCUGUUCUCCUAAAAUCAAGUGAUCCCCCCCCCCCAAAAUUCUCCCCCAGGUGAUGAAUAAUCACCGGUCCCUAAUGGUCAUAUUAUUCCCUGUCUCAAGAUCCCACCACUGGAGACACGACAGACUGGACAUUCGGGGUCUUAGGAGUUGUACAUUCGUACUGUGUGGAGCUCCGGCCAAAGAGCUACUCCGGUGGGGGAUUUGUUCUCCCACCAGACAAAAUAAUCCCCGUGGGGCAAGAAACGUUUGCCGGCCUAAAAGCUCUCACAAGGAACAUGGAAUAA